CGCGCCCGCGCCCGGUUACAAUCUUGGUUGCUCGCAACGUGCUCAGAUCGGCUAGUGCUAAUGAUUUAAUAUAAGCUCCAUGAUACAAAACAAAAAUGAAUUGGAACAAGGAGAGCUGCGUAAUGUUGUUCAUCGUUUCAUCAGUGGUCGCGUUAGGAUCAACUAACGCGGCCGAAGCUCACAGCAGUAGCUUGAUCUCGAAUUUUUCUCCCCGAAUGGAUUUUGAUCAAUGGAAACCUUUAACUGGUCGUGGAGACCCUUUAAGAAACGAUCCGACCUAUGAUUAUGAACCUCCUAUUCUCGAAAGAGUUCAUUAUUGGGCUGAUGAUACUAGGGUCGAACGUGAUCAUUAUCCAGAACGAAAAUCUGAAAUUUUAAUGUUAGGGGUUUCUUCACGAAAACCGAGCAUAGCAGCAACACACCCGCCACAACAAACCAGGAGACCGCUAAUAAGACCAACUACUCCUAAGUACGAAGAUUUUGCCUACAAUCUUAGCGAAAAUUAUCCGAUGACAAUACUUGUACCACCUCCACCGCCACCUCUAGGACAUCAACCAUCACUCUUCAUAUUGACAGAAAACAAUUUGCCAACCAUAAGCAGUCAAAUGAAACAGCCUAAGCCACCAAAAUUUUUCUCGAAAAAUUCAACAACGCGACCUGAAAUGAUUACAUCAUCGUAUGCGUUACAAGAAUCCAAUUUAAUUUUUCAAUCCUCAACAACUGAAAAUUGGCUGGUUGACUCUAACAAAACGCUGCCUCCGUUAAGUAACACUGUGAGUAGCGACUAUGCUGGAUGGGGUCCAACAACACCUAUUGAGGAAAAUAGUACAGUUAAUGAAACACAGAAUCUUAUUCAAACGGAACGUUUGAAAGUGGUUGAAUUACCAUUUAAAUUUUAUACACCAAUGUUGUCAGAAUCACCGCCACCAGCAAAGGUUGCAUCUAGUCCGGCAGUCUUACCGACAUUUUUACCGACUGUUUUACCAUCCACAGAAAUGGAAACAACACCCUUCACACAAGUAACUUGGCCAACUGAACAGGCCACUUAUGAAACUACUCCAAAAUAUGACAGUUCCGAAGAAGACACGAAUAAAAAGCAUACAUCCGAACUUCAAGCUACUCCACACACACAAGAUUUAAAGCUUAAACCAGAAAUUAGUUUAUUGAAUAUGCUUGGUCCAAUGAUGUCUAUGCCUAUGAUAAAUGGGCCGGAAAGACCAGAAGACAAUCUUUAUGCUCACGCAACAGGAAACAGACAAGUGUAUCAGAUUCACGAAAAAGAAAACAUUGUAAAUCUAGAAACUAUGCAAACUUUGCAACCACCACCACGGACUACAAUUAGUGAGAUUGAAACCGAGGAUAAGCAACAGCAAACAUUUUACAACCAAAACUUUAGGAAACCAUCUGUACAUACUCACGAUCCUUAUUUACACAUGCGUUAUACACCGCCAAUAUCAACAUUAAUAGAUGUGGACAAUAAAGACAAACAGAAAUCUACAACGGAAUCACCAACAACUCCAAUGAACUUAAUUAUACAAGGUCAUUCGAAGGUCAAAACCUAUAGUUCCAAACCGAAUCCCGUUAAUGAGUAUCACGAUUUCAAAAACGAAAUUCCAAAACCAAACGAAACAACUGAAGUGAAACAUCUGCAUCCAUUUAAAGAUAAAAGUUCUAAAAAGAUUAUCUCUGAAAACAUAAGCAAAAAGAACAGAGCAAAGAAUCUGAGAACAUUACUAGAUCGAGGACUAGGAUCCGUCGAAAUUCAAGAAGCAGAUGUCGGUAUAAAAUACGAUGUUAGUGAUGGGAGUGACGUACCUGUCGAAAUCUAUAAGAAAGGGAUAGUUGAUAACGAUGAAAAUGCUUAUAAGCUAUACAGCAAAUCAUCUAAUGAAAUUCGGCCAAGAAGGCAAAUCGAUCUUGAAAAUAUUUUUCCUGGAGACGAUGAUAGUUUUGAAGAACUCUUAAUCAGUUUCUUCGAAAACAAUAAUGCAUUAAAGAGUAAAAAGGUGACUAAAAAUGUUAAUAAUGGUCAAAUUAGUACCGGGAUUAAUAUCCCUAUAGGCGAUGGAGUGACCGAUAGAGAAGAAGAAAGUGAGAGAUGA